AUGAACCAACCCAAACCACUCCCAAUCCUCCGUCUACCAUUUCUAGCUAUUGAAGAAAUCUUCAAAGCAAUGCACCCAACCGAAAUAAUCAAUUUCUCAAUGAUUUCCAAACGGGCAAGAUCAGUAACAAAAAAUAAGACUUUCUAUUCAAAAUAUGAUAUCCGUCUUUAUAUAGAUAAACCCUUGGGAAUAGCAAUUCAGGGAACAAAUAAUCUGGUGGUAUGUCUUUAUCUAAUGGCAUCAGGCGAAGAAAUGAAGGAAAAAACUGCGGAUAUGAUAGGUAGUGAUUACAUUAUACGGAGGGUAUUCAAGUAUUCAAAAGAUCCAAUAGAGGAUUGGAAACAAUUGUGUAAACAUGUAUUGGAAAUAUUCAAGAGAGAGGCAAUCGACGUUUUAUCAAUGCGAAUGGAUGCAUUCGUAGAUCAAAACAUUUCGAUUAUUGACUUUUUGAAGACUAAUGUGAAAUCAGUGGACAAAUGCAGUGUGCGUCAGUCGGAAGAAGAGAAUGACGUAGAUGAACACGCCGCAUAUCUUCUGGAUAAUUUAAAAGUUAACAUUGAGUUCAAUUCUUAUCUACAUAUUAAAAACGCCAAUUUCUAUAAGAAAAUUCCAAAAAAUCUGAAGGAGUUAUAUAUUCGCAACUCGCAAUGGAUCAGAUAUGAGAGACUGCUGGAAAUAGAUUGUGAGCAUGUAUCGCUGGAAAAUAAUCAGUUCACAAAUACAGGAUGGAAUAUGUUUAUUAAGAAAUGGAUAGCAAUGGAGACUCAUUUGAAUUUGAAAUGCUUGAAAUUUGAUUUCAAAUCACUGGAAGAUCUCACAGUGUUUGUGUUGCAUGAUAUACCGCAUGAAGUGGUGGACGAAAGAGUCAAACGAACCCUGAUAACUGAUCGUGAUAAAACUGAAGAGAUAAGCGGAGGCGUCGACAUUAGAAGAAUUGAUGGAAAGGCGGCAACAUUCUUUGCGGAAUAUGAUAUUUUUUCGAUGAUGAUUGUUCACUGA